UAACUAAAAAGCAGAACAGAAGAAGAACAUCCCUUUUAUUAUUCAAUCUCUAAGUGUUGUAAAGAGAAAAGCCCUAGUUGUGCAUUUCCGAUAUGACUAUUUCCGCUUAAGGUUUAUUAUACGGAGAAUGAGAAUCAGAAGAAGAAAUUUGACACGGAUUUGAAGAAGGAAAUCGAAAAAAUAUAAAGAUACAGAGAUCAAAUUAAGAUAUGGAUUCAAUCCAUUGAAAUUCAGAUAGAAAAAGGCCUUGCCAACUCCCGUCCUUGCUGCUACUUUUUAAUUGUCUGUGAUUGUGAUGGGGCAAAAACAAGGAGAAUCCUCCUCCUCCUCAAAUCUUAUUACCAAUGCUAAUUCUAGAGCAAGUAGCCGGAGAACAAAAGCUGUUGAUUGUCUUAAAUGCCCUCAUUGUGCUGGUCCUCUCUCUAAAGAGAUGGAGACUAGCCAAUGGACUGUGCCACCACUCAUCAGAGACAGUUUUUCUAUGAUUGGUUCUGCUGUUGGUGGCACGGCCAGUGCAUUUUAUGGGUUUAAUUACGUAAUGCCUAUUGUUCAGAGGAGGAUUAAAGGACCCAUGUUGCUUCAUUUUCUUGUUGGUGCCCCACCUGUUAUUGUCUUCUCAUCAGCCUGUGCUGGUUUGGCAGGAGACAAUGUGAUAAAGGGUCUGAAUCAAGAUGCAACUUGUCCUAUUCCAUUAUUGAACUUGCAUCUCUCCACCUAAUGUCGAUGUGAAUUUCAAGAUUAUUUUGUAUACUUAGCUAAAGCAGUAUAGAUCUGGUAGGGCAUUGGUGCCUGAUAAUUCAGUCAAAGAAGAUAAAUGGAGAGGUCAGUUGAUGGCAUGAAAGAGCUGUUGCACCUGAUAUGUCAGAUUUUGUUGUUAAUUCCAAUAUUUUGUUUUGAAUUGUUUAGAUUUUGCACAUUUAAUGGCAAUGAAAUUGACAUAAACAUCUAUGUCUAAUAUCUAAUGUGCUUUUGAUCAAAGAAGAAGAUCAGAAAUCUGGAAGAUUAUAAGAUCUUUUACUCAUAGUGUUCAACUUAUAUGUUCUCAUUGCAGGCAAUAAAUUGGUUUAGCAAUGAAUUCAGAUGAUCAAAAGUAUUAUCUCCGCAGCUAUAAGUACUUAAGAUUUUCUGUAUUGAGAAUUCAGCUUUUGUAAGGUGCACGAUGAGAGUAUUAGGGUUGAACUUAUGCUAGUUACAUGUAAUGGGAGAUACACUCACUUUAGUACUUUUGCAAUCCCCAGCAAUAAGUCCAAAAUAGAUAAAUCAACAACUAUAGGCAUUCCUAACCUUAAGAACCGAGCAUAUUCCUAACCCUAAGAAAAUAGAUAAAAAUUGCAUGAAAGUAGUCAUUCCUAACCUUAAGAACCGAGCAUAUUCUUAAGAAUUAAACUAUAGGCAAGUCAUGGCUGCUUAUGUAUAUUUUAGAUAUGAUGUUUUUAGACUAGCUCAGCUGCACCAUAUGCAACUUCUUUAAAGUUUCCGGAAACACAGUACAUGCAUCCUGAGAUCUUUCCUUUUCUGAAGUGCUUAACAACUGUUACCAAAUUUCACAAUGUAAAAUACCCCCUUUGGUUGGGGUGACUUUCCUUUUUUCAAAGAGCUGUCGGUAUCUCAUGCACAGGUUGCUCUAGUUCUUGGAAUUCAUGCAUGAUCUAUCACUUAUGGUUUGAAGGCUAUGAAGAAAAGAAUUCAGCUGAGUCUCUUGUUAAGUAGUCGGCACUUGAUAAAUUUCUUAAUGAGUGGAUAUCUUCUUUAUAUGUAUUCAUUUUAUACAUGUUGGAGCAUAAGUUAUAAACCCCACCCUCACCCCACCCACGACCUGGAGAUAAGGAAAAAGAAAAUAAUUUUCUGAUGAUCUUAUUGGGUGUUUAUCUCUUAAAAGCUCAUUCUGUACUAGUCCAGUAAAACAAUUUUUUCUAUAUGCAGUGCUAAGACUACCACCGAGGAGUCCUUGGUCUAGUGGCUAAGGUUGAGGGCCUAAGAAUUAGUUGUCUUGGGUUCAAAUCCCCCUUCCCAGUUUCCCCUUCCUGCUGCUUAAAUCUCACCGUUUACCCUGCUAAAAAAAAAAUUUAAAUAGCGCUAAAGACUACCAAGGCCUACAGGAGGGAAAGAUGUCUUUAUGGUUUAAAUGUAUUUCUGUUCUGACUUUCUUGUUUUGUUGGGAUAAUAUAAUUUAUAUAGUUUGAAGUUGAGUAUCAAUCUGCAAUUUACUUUUUUUUUUUGUGGUUUUUUUUUUUAAAAUUUAUAGUUUAACAUGGAUAUACCGUUUAGGUCCCUCUGUUGCAAUAAGAAGAGAAAAGAGUAUGGUUUUGUGGUACAUUUGGUUCUUUAGGAUCAUAAAAAUAUUGUCCUUUUAUUGCAGUGAUUGAUUGAUUGUUGUUUUGAACCGACUGAUUUGUUUCGGAUGGGACUUUAAAUG